UAAGAAGAGGUAUUGGAAACAAGCCUGCACUGGCUGAAAUCCAAUAUCCUUCCAUCAUGACAAUGGCUGUAGCAGGUCUGCUGGUUCUCUUUGCUCUCGUACCGUCAGGGUAUUCACUCACCUGCACUAAAUGUAUUGUUUUUAGUAAUGCUAACUGCUCAGGAAGCACGGAGACCUGCCUGUCGGGGGCAUACAGUUGCGCUACCUCAAUAUCUGUGAAUACACCAACUUCAGGCAGCCAGUCUUCAACUGUCACACGAGGAUGUGCCCCAAACAACCAAUGCAACAUCACUGGAAGUCUGACCUACACAGGUGGCAAUGUCGCAAUUGCAACCGCGUGCUGUGACAGCGACAACUGUACAUCCGCCAUACCGCCUUUGCCAGCAGCUAAUAGUACCUCAAACAGUCUGAGCUGUAGUACAUGUGCCUCGGGUUCAAGUGAUUAUUGUAGCUCCUCAAACACCCUGUCGUGUACAGGCCUCGCGACACAAUGCGGGCGAAUGUCUACAACUGUUACAGGAUCUGUGUCGUCGAUAUCCACCGUCCGCGGCUGUGCCACGCCAAGUGUCUGUAACUUGCUCGGAAACCAGAAUGUGGUAUAUGCAGACACAAAUGUAAACACAGUCGUGACAACCUACUGCAGCAAUGGAAGCUUCAACCUCCGCGGAUCAUUUUAUCUGCCCGCCUUCUUGGCUUUCCUCUUAUUUAAAUUCUUGUUUUAAAGACAUUCUUGUCUGCACAUACAUAUGGUAAAGGUAAAAUUUAUUUUUCAAUAAAAAAAAACAAUUUCUUAAAAUACGGUAUAACCCUUCCCUUUGGAGUGGAACUUUUUGGCAUGAAUUUAAGUCCAGCUAGAUCACUUCAUGCUGGUCUUUUUUUUUUUUUUUUUUAUCGUUGUGUAAAACCAUAAGUGCCUCUACGGAUUAAAAUCGAGCAACUCGCCCUUCUCUGCACAUGCUCAGUUGCCCUUUAUUUUUUUUAUCAGCACUGUGCCUUAACUUUAGAGGCUGGUCUGCUGACGGCCUAAAGAUUUGCUGCUGCUCAGGGGCUCUGGGCUUCAACAAAUUGCAGCCUCCGGCAAGAAGAAACGGGAGCAAUGCUGGAGGCAAUAGACAGCAUACAUUAAUGUUUGUAGCAUAAUUAUUAAUGUAUGUUCCUUGCUAAAGAACAUGAUGCAAAAAAUAACUUUGUUAUGGAGAAAGUUCUGCUUUAAAGUCUAAUUCAAAAUGUUGGCUGUAUAUGUGUUUUGAAAAUUCAAUAAAAAUAAUUUUA